CUCAGUAGAGAUGGCUGCCCAGCGGAAGUGCCGCUCGCCUCCGCCCGGAAUAAAGAUGACGGCGGGGAGGGACUGCGCAUGUCCGGACCUCCAUGGCUAGACGGACCGGAGAGCGGCGGAGAAAGAGAGCGGAGUCCGCAAGCAGCUGAUGUGCAGCAGAGGCCCGUUAUGAAGGGGCAACAAAAAGUGGCAGAAAUGGACGAGGGGACCGUCCGCAUCCAGGAAGGAGCAGUGGCGACAGGUGAAGACCCCACUAGUGUUGCUAUCGCCAGUAUCCAGUCGGCUGCCACAUUCUCUGAUCCCGGCGUUAAGUAUGUAUUCCGCACAGACAGCGGAGGCACCCAGGUGAUGUACAGGGUCAUCCAGGUAGCAGAAGGUCAGUUGGAUGGACAGACAGAAGGAACCAGUGCCAUUAGCGGGUUCCCAGCAACACAGUCUAUGACACAAGCCGUCAUCCAGGGUGCUUUCACCAGUGACGAGGCAGUAGACACGGACACCUCAACCACGGAGACGCAUUACACCUAUUUCCCCACUACAGCGGUCUCAGACACCAGCACAACAGUGGGCACGGGAGCCACAGCGACCACAGUGGUGACAACACAGAACAGCGAGGCUCUGCUGGGACAAGCCGCCUCCACAGGUCAGUUCUUUGUCAUGAUGUCUCCUCAGGAGGUUCUCCAGGGAGGUGCCCAGCGUUCCAUCGCCCCUAGAACUCAUCCCUACUCGCCGAAAUCGGAUGGUCCGCGAACCACACGGGAUGAGAAGAGGAGAGCGCAACACAAUGAAGUGGAACGUCGCCGGAGAGACAAAAUCAAUAACUGGAUUGUUCAGCUGUCCAAGAUCAUCCCGGAUUGUUCCAUGGAGAGCACCAAGUCUGGCCAGAGUAAGGGUGGUAUCCUUUCAAAAGCAUGCGAUUAUAUCCAGGAGCUGCGGCAGGGCAACAUGCGUCUGGCUGAGGAGCUGCAGACUCUGGAGCAGCUGCAGGUUGACAAUGAACUCCUGAGGCAGCAGGUGGAGGAUCUGAAGAACAAGAACCACAUUCUCCGCGCUCAGCUCCGACAUCACGGUGUGGAAAUCAUUAUUAAGAAUGACACCCGCUGACAAGAGGCUGCAGCCAGUUCUGUGC